AUGGCAGAAGAGCCACGGGUAUCGUCGCGGCUGUCGAACUCGGCCAAGUUGUCGAAUUCGCUGUCGCGAAGGGUCCAUCGAGAGAUCCGGUUUGGGGACUAUAUUCUUGGAUCGACCCUGGGACAGGGCGAGUUUGGUAAGGUCAAGCUGGGCUGGCGGAAGGAUGGAAAGCAGCCUGAGCAGGUGGCUAUUAAACUGAUUCGAAAGGAUACAGUUCCACCGCGAUCGAACAGGGAAACAAAGGUUUUCCGGGAAAUUAAUGCAUUAAAGAUCCUCACGCAUCCUAAUAUCGUCCGUUUGGAGCAGGUGAUUCAGAAUGAUAAGUAUAUUGGAAUUGUUUUGGAGUAUGCGUCCGGUGGGGAACUGUUUGACCAUAUUUUGACGCACCGAUACUUGAAGGAGUCGGUUACUUGCCGACUGUUUGCCCAGCUUGUAUCUGGAGUGUAUUAUCUUCAUUCCAAAGGAAUUGUGCACCGAGACUUGAAAUUAGAAAACCUGCUUCUCGAUAAACACAAGAACAUUAUUAUCACUGAUUUCGGGUUUGCCAACUCGUUCCGCACUGAUGGAGCCACUGUGGAUCUCAUGAGCACCAGUUGUGGGUCUCCUUGCUACGCUGCUCCUGAACUUGUCGUUUCUGAUCAGAAAUAUGUUGGUCAGAAAGUCGAUGUUUGGAGUUGUGGUGUUAUUUUGUACGCCAUGUUGGCGGGAUACUUGCCAUUUGAUGACGAUCCAGCCAAUCCUGAUGGCGAUAAUAUCACUCAGUUGUACAAGUACAUUACCAGCACCAGUUUGACGUUCCCAGAAUACAUUCAACCCCAGCCAAGAGAUUUGCUGAGAAAAAUCCUCGUUUCCGAUCCUAACAAGAGAAUCGAUCUGAACGCAGUUCGCUGUCAUCCUUGGUUAUCUUUGCAUGCCCAUUUCUUGUCUGUUACUCCUGAAGAGUGGGAUCAGAGUUAUAGAGUUAAUAGCCACCAGCAAACUUCUGCGGUGCCGGCCACUGCAGCAACUGUAAAUGAGAGCCAUGCAUUAUCACGAUCGCAAAGUGUUCAAGUCAAGAGCGGUGUCAGCUCGUCAAUGCCUGCUCCUCACAUGCCAGCAGGUGCUCAGACCUACUCUCGACCACAGUCCAUGAUCAGUCCAUCCACUGCUAGUCCUAUUACUGCCGUUACAGCAGCAGCUGCUAGUGGUGGAAUAGCAGCCUCGGCAGGAGCACUUGCUUCUUCGUCAUCUGCUCAUGGCCAUGGCCACUCACGGACAUCAAGUUCAGUCAAUACCAGCUCGGUUUCUUUGGCAUCCGCUGGUCACACUGCCACUGCUGGAUAUGGCCAUUCGAGACGUCAUUCUGUCCAAGCUGGUUAUACGAAAGGUGUCACUUCGACCUCCAGAUCACAAUACCCCGGACGAUCUGGUAUUGGAGCCUCUUCUGGCGCAUCCAAUGGCAACUCAUCACCACCCUUGUCUUCCUCAUCUUCUGACGAAGUUAUUGCAUCUCUUGAUAUUCCCGCUCGACCAGAUUCGCGUGCUAGUGACACUACUGGCGGUACCAGUAGUACAGCCACCACUCCAGCUACCGUGUCUGAUCUUAUUACUCCUAUUUCUGAGCACGAUGGAGUCAUUGCUGCUAGUAAACAAACAACAAGUAGGUUACCACAAACUAGGAAACCCCGACCAACUUCGUAUCAACCAACUAUGCCUGUUCCUAAAGAGACAAUCCCUGUUCUCUACAACAUCCCUGUUUCUUCUCAACCCCGUGUCGGAAUAACCCAGGGCUCUGCCUUACCAGGCGAGAUCAGUCCUCCUGAGCCAUAUGUUGAACCCAAGAGAGAUUCAAGUGCUGUUGUAUCUAGUAGUACUACUGCAGCAGCUGCUGCUCUUAGCGAAGUCACCAAAUCUUCCAAUUCCGAAUCCACUCCAACUGCCGUUGUCGCACCAAGUGACCUGGCCACAGAUGCCAUUGACCCCAUAUCUGGUAAUGACAGCGCUGUUAGUAAAUCUCAAGUUAGCUCCACAUUGCCAGCCGAGGUUGAAAGCAAGUCCAGACCCACUCGAACUACAUCCGUUUCAUCCAAAGCAACAUCUGCCUCCAAUAACAUUACUCGGUCCGAGUCGUAUCGCUCACCGAGUGUUUCACAAGACUACUCCACUAAUACUUCGAUGCCUAGUCGCAGUCAUCGUCGUGGCGCAGCUAGUAUUUCUUAUGGUGCGGACAAACUAUUUGCCAAGCUGCUCGGACAAGUCAACUCUCCACCAUCCAACAACGUAUAUUCAAACGACAAUUCGCAUUCUAAUGACACUAGCAAAAACAACAGACGCUAUUCCAUGAUCCCCACUGGAUCAAUCCCACUGGACGAGACCAAAACUGAUCGCAAGCGAUUCAGUUUCAUGGGUUUCUAUACACCUAGUAGUUCUACCGAUCACAUCUCUUCGAAAAACUCAAAGGUGUCCAACCGAUCGGAUUUUAUCAUCACAUCAGCCGAUAUGAAGAAAGAACCAAAGGUCACCACCAAACCAGCUCCAGUUUCUGGGGACACUGCCAAGGCUUCACCCAAAUCGUCAGUUCAUUCUGACGAGCGUAAAGUGCUGGAACCGCCAGCUGUGGCCUCGCUCAACCAGCGUCAAAACAGACAAUCUGGUCGCCCCUCCGAUAUUUCAAAACACUCCACCCCAUCAACAGGCAGUAACCAUACCAAGACAGCCAUCCAGAUCGAGACUACUACUAAAGAACAGCCGUCAACAGCCCGUAGAGUCGUUGAUUUCUUCAAAAGACGGUCGAGAAUUGUGUAG